AUGAAUAUUUCUUCGAAUUAUCAAACAGAAUAUUCGUCCAAUUAUAAUCGAGAGACAACAAAUAAUUCUUUUAAUAAUGAACGUCCUUCCACAAUAGAAACAACUCAUUCUAAUAAAAUAAAUAACAAUGAAACAAUUUUUGAUUCAAACUCGUCUAAUGUGAUAAAUCCUCAAGAGAUUGAAAAUCCCAAAUCCAAAUUACGCUCUUAUAAACAAAAUAAUCCUGAGAAAGAUUUAGUUCCAAAAUCAGGUGUUCCUGAAAAAGGUCUGUGA